AUGCCAUGGCAUUUUGACUCUUCGUUGUCUCGCGAAAUUGGCCGAAAUCGUAUAAACAAGGACAGUUCCGAAUCCACCGACAGGAGGAGCGAUCGAUAUACGCAAAUCAGUGAUAACGGGCUACUCGGCGAACUUUUACCGUUCAUUUCGUACCCCCCAUUCACCCCGCCCCGCCCCGCCCCGCCCCGCUCCGCCCCCGCGCUUAUCGCGCCCGAUCUACAGAUCCAAUUUCCU